AUGGCUGUUGACAAGAAGCUCCCAGCCACCCCAGUAAUCAAGAUCAAGGUCAGCGACCGGAGUUCAUGGCUGGAGGCGCUCAAGACCGACCGACCCAUUCUCAUUCAUCUCAACGCCGACACAACAUGGCUUAUUCAGCUUCCAUACCCAUCCUCGAAAACUCCUCCUCCUAAUCGAAAACGAUUCAACAUUCUCCUCGACCCGUGGCUGCAAGGCCCGCAAUCCGACGUCGCUUCUUGGUUUUCCACCCAGUGGCACGCCAUCGAGCCAAGUGUGAAGACUAUGACGGAGCUGAACGCUCUUCUUGCAGGGCUUGAGAGUGGAUCUGAAGUUUCAGAAGAGACAGAUGUGUCGUACAUCGACGCCGUCGCCAUUUCACAUGAGUUCACCGAUCACUGUCAUCAGGCAACCCUCGAAGAACUUCCGACUUCAACGCCAGUGUUCGCAACUGAUAAAGCGGCCGACCUGAUCCGCUCUUGGAACUAUUUCGACAAUGUCACGACAACUCCAGGAUUCUCCGCGUCGACCGAAGACUGGAAAGAGGCUCUGAGCACCGCGGGAUUGCCGUCCUGGGUCGGCAUUGGCCGUGUCAUCACUGCAGGCAACGCGCUGUAUUACCACUCGGCCGUCAUGAUCGUCUUCGAUCUUGGAAAACCAGAGACGAUUUUGUAUUCGCCGCAUGGAAUUCAGGCGUCCGAUCUGACUCCCAUUAGAGACUCGGGGAUUUCGACUCUGGCCCUGCUUCAUGGCCUGCAUGAUGUUCGCAUCUGGAUGACGAAACAGUUGAACUUGGGAGCUUUGAACGGCAUCAAGGCGGUAGGUGAAAGCGGUGCGCGCUACUGGAUCGCGACGCAUGACGAGGUGAAGAAGGGCGGCGGGUUCAUUGCGCCAUUACUCAUGAGAACGACUUAUACUCUCAAAGACGCAGUGGAAGCCGAAGAAAAGCGGUUUGAGGGAAAAGCCCCGGAAUACGAGUUUGCUGAGCUGGGCUCUGGGGAUGGUCUUGUGCUGAAAUAA